AUGAGAGUUAAUGAGAUCGACUCUCUUCAUAGUUUGUCUGUUGAUUGUCUUGACAGGUGAGUAAUAUGCAAAUUUCGUUUCUGUUGACUAAUUCGGAAUUCGCAUUAUUUAAAACGAUUUUGUUUAGAGAAUUUGGCAACCUAGAAAGACCCAAAAGUUCUCCGAGGAAUCACCCGAAUCGACCGCGACGACGAAACAACGAAAACUAUUUAUUGGUAAGUUAAAGCUUACUUGGAGGGUUAAUAUUACUUUUUAAGUGUGAUGUAUAGUUUAUGAAUUAUCGAUUUCUGUAACCAAUGUUAACAACUUUAGCAACCCGAGUUUGCUUUAUCCCUCUUCUUCGAACCAACCGAAGUCUCAUUAUGGAACGAGAACUUGAGAUGGAGUUUGAACAAAGUGUUCAACGGAAGCGACGAGGUGUCCAAGGCUUUGUUAUUCGAUUAUCGAAAUUCGUUGAUUAUUAGCAAGAAGGCUCGGCUUUCUGAUAAGACCGUUUACCCAGAUCAUGUUGGUAUUAGUGAGAAGUGUAGAGAUUUGAAGAAGAAGACAGUUACCGUCGUCAAUUUUAAGUACGUUUCUGGAAAAGACUGUUAAUUUAGGUGCAAACUACAUUCCAUGUAAUAUUUACAAGAGAGUGCAAUCAUUUUAAUUUCAAUGUUUUAGCGAUGAUUUACACGAACGAUCGUUGAGUUUGUUAAAGAAUACGAAUCGCAAAAACGAGGCUUAUAAUAAGAUUACCGUUCUACGACGAAGUAUUGACAAUUCUAAAAAGUAAGUCUGAAUGUUUUAUUUUUAUGGUUUUUUGAUAAUUUUGUUUUUUCCUUAUUUCGGAAAAUUAAAAAUAAUAUUUUUGUCGGUUUUAGGCAGCCAACGAAUAAAGAGAAAACGAAACCGGCUGACACUUUGGAGAGUGACACAAAUUGUAUUUUAAAUUUGAUCAAACGAUUUGAAGAGGAAAAUGACCAGAAUUUGUUAGCCGAAGCUGUAAAUAAAUGGUAAAAUACAUUUUAAAUUUUAAUUAACUACUUUUUACUUUUAUACACAGUUUACAAAUUAUUGAAAAUCUAGGAUAAUAUAUCAUGUUUUCAGUUUGAAGGCUGUAGAGCUUGUGUAUGUGUGUGUUCUGGAGUUGGUGAACAGUGGAUCUAGUGCGAAUGACGUCAGAAUUCCUGUUUUGAAUAAAACAGCAUCUGCUUUGGAGAAGGUUUAUAUUAAGGUAAGAAAUUUUAAUAAACCGAUUUUAUGGUUUGUUACUUUGAUUUAUUUAUUGCAUUUUUGAUUACUGUAUUUUUUUAUAAAUACAGUUUACAGUACAGUAAGAUCAGUUUUAGUGUUACAAAGAAAAGUCAGCAGAUGACAUUGAUCUAGCGUCUUCGAGCAAUUCUGUGAAAGAUGUGCUCCAAUCUCAUUUCAAACGUUUUGCCACUUCUGUGAUGGCUUUACAUUGUGACUUUAUAACUAAAUUGAGAAGACUUAUCUCUGAUUAUGAUUGGGAUUUUAUCUUGACGUUGAGGGAUUUGUCUACUAACAAGUUGUGGCUUCUGAAAGCUCGAGAUAGUGUGAAAGAUGAUGCUAAUGGACGUAGAAGUAUUGAGGUGAGUUUUAAGGAAGGGUUCGAAGUUUUUUAAAUAUUUUUCUUCUUCUAUAAUUUGUGGUUUUACUUUUUUUUUAUAAAUUAUGGUAUGCAAUAUUAUGACAAUUUUAGUUAGUACGGUCAUUUCUGUACAACGACUUUAUGACUCAAGGAUUUAUUCAGUUGGCUCUGUCAAAGACUUUUAAAGCCAAAGCGGCUGUUAAUGUUUUAUGUGAUAUAGAUGACUUUAAUUUUUACAUCAACUUUUUUCUCAAAGCUUCGAUUGUCAGAAGAGACAAGAGUUCUCCAUGGAGUGCCAUCAGAAGCUCUUUAGACGUAAGAUAUGGAUGAUUAUUUUAGUCACGGGCGUUUGUUUUAGAAUAAUCACUUGGAAACCAAUUUGAUAGCCUUAUAUUCGCAUUUGCAACACGAAUCUGAAAACAGAAGCAUCUUCAUUGAGCUCCGUAACCUCACUCGAUUGGUAGGUGAUCUUUUAAGGUGUAGUUAUAAUUUUUGCUAUUUUUAACUUUUUUCAUUUUUAUUGUAAUAUACUUUUAGUACUCAAUGUUUUACCCGGUGUUUGCGGCUUCGUACGACGAUGUUUUCAACUCUAAUUGUCGCCGCAGAAGUCCUAUCAAAAGUAGCGCCAAGCAGAGAUGGCUGGUUCCAGAUGGAGUAAAUGACACUUUGUACGAUCCGGACUCAGCUGUCAGGCUGAGUAAUAACCUUUACAAGUACACAGUUGAGGAUCAGGUUGUAGAGUUCAAGUACUUUGUGAGUUUCAAGUCUUCUUACAGUAAUUUUUAGUACUUUUAAUUUUUUUGUAGUUUCAACCGUUACUGUAGUAUCUUUUGUAGUUCUACUGGAGCGGAUUCAGAUUAUUCACGUUUCUUGGCUACAAAAUAUUAAACGGCCUAGACCUGGACUCAUUCGAAGAGAAUGUCAUCAUCGUGAUGGGCGGAUUCUCGACCGGUAUUGCUUCUAAAAUGGUGGACCUCAACCAUCUGGUGCUUUUGUCGCGGUUUCUGAUCUCUGUGUCUUCGAUUUGUACCAAACAGCCGGCUUCAGAAAGACGGCUGCGAACGGCCGUCAGGCUAAUCGUGGAGUUUACAGCUGUCAUUGUAAAGCAAUUGAACAUAUUACUAAAGGAUUCGAACAGCUUGAGGCACGGUAUCUUAACUGGGAAUCUGGAUUCUGAAGUCGUCAAGUUCUUGAUUCCCACGGUGAUUCUGAUGUAUUGGAUGUCAACCUUUGAAGACUUCAGAAACAUGGAACAAUGGAAAAGGAAAUGGUUUCUGGACACUAACUUGUUGGCCGAUCUCUGGCCGGAAGUGGCCAAGUUGGCUAAUGCUGUGAACGGCGUUGUUUCAGAAUGUAGCUACAUCAACCAACAUGGUAUGUUUUUAAAGUUCGGGGUAUUUGGUGAUACAAUAAUGUUUACAAGCAUUUGUUUGGUUUUGUUAAUUUUUUUAAGAUACACUUUUGAAUAGAAUUACUUUCAGCGGAACCUCAAACCAUAGAGUAUUGUAUUCCGGAGCUUGUGAACUCCUUCGGAUGUUCACCCACCUUCGACAAGACACCAUCGUACUUUUUAAAGACUGACAAGAGAACGACGCCAUCUGUUGACGUAGGGUUUUGUUUGUAUAAUUAAGGCUCCUCCUUUCUGACUACUUGCUUAGUGUAAUUGCUGCAUUUUGUUUACUUACACUUGUAGAUCAAUGUCGAUGUCCGUUUACUGUGUCUCUCCGAAAGUAUCAGCCGGCUGGCAACUCAAGGAGAAUACCUAAAGAGCACAGAUGGUGUCUUCGUUGGUCUUUCUGAUUCUAUGCGAGUACUGAAUCCGACCCCAGAGUAUGUGGAUGUCCCAUCAAUGCUGCCCGUUCCUCUGAAUGAGAUCAUUGAAUGUGUUAAUCGGAGAAGAACAGAAGUUCCGGCGGAACAAGCGAAAGAACUGGCAGAACUCGUGGAGCUGGCCAAAAGCGUAGAGACUGAAGCCGAUGGAAAUGACAUAGUGAAUAACAUUGUUGUCGUCGUGAAGCCACAGUACAUUGUCAUCGACACGAAUGUUUUCAUCGACGCAUUACCUCACAUUGUGGAGUUGAUGAAGGACACCGCUCUCCAGAUUCUGAUUCCGACUCCAGUGUUGAGUGAGUUGAGAGGACUGAAGAAAAAGGUGGCUGGGGAAGACCGUGACGAAGAAAGGGCUAGAAUCGUGAGAGAAGGGGCUCAGAAGGCGUUGGAUUUGUUUGAAACCAUCAACCAGGACAAUGUUAAGGUGUUGUUGUGUAAUGGGGAGGUGGACAAGUUCCAUCCAGAUUAUCAUGAACGACUUGAUGACACGGUAAAUUUAUAUUUAAUGAAGAUAUGUGUUUAAAAGCUUUUGACACCAGCACAUGUUGAUAUACGGUAUGAACGUGUUGUUUGAACGUCUGCGUAGAAACAGUCUUAAAACAAGGUUGUUGUUUAUCAAAAGAUUUUUAUGGUAGAACUAUUAUUUACGACUUCAGAACAACGAUCGUCUGAUUAUCGACGGUGCCCGUAAGCUGAGCGACAGAGUCUCAGCCAGAAGCCAUCUGGUACCGUGCGGUGAGGUGUGGCUCUACAGGAACGUGCUGUUGUUGUCCAAGGAUCGGGUCAUGAUGUUGUUGGCAUUUGGUCAUCGUCUUCCCAGCCUUGACAUCAUCACUUUCUACAGAUGGGCUGGCUUCAGAAGGCCACCAAGUGUCGCGAGAGUUCAAAGUCCUGAAGUGUAG